GCAUUGAAGCGUUGCGCUCACAACAAAGUCUCAACUUUGAAGACCGUGUGGGCAUCUUUGGCGGCUCAUACGGUGGCUUCAUGAGCCUCCGUGCCUCAGCUACCUGCGAUGCUUUCAAGUGCGCCGUCGCUAUGUACGGAUUUGUCUUUGGACGCUACAUGAGCCUUGAAGGUGGUGAUUUCACCUGGGAACUUGAGUAUUCGGGUGACCUCAGCUGGCCCCUGCAAGAACGCCAUACGCACAGCGACGUCUUUCCCCUGUUGCACAAAAUCAAGACGCCGACGCUGCUGCUCCAUGGCAAAGAGGACGACAUCUGCAUGGUGUCCAACUCGAUCGUUGCACAUCGACAGCUUCGCCUGCAGCGCACGCCCACGGAACUCGUGGUUUACCCUGGUGAAGGACACGGCUUUACUCAACCCCAACACCGACGUGACCGUGACGAGCGCACCUUGGCCUGGUUUCUGCGCUACCUACCCCCUACCUCUCAGGGCAAAGUUCUUAAGCUUUAAGAUGAUUUCUGCGUGCAGAAAACCGACCAAGAGCCCGCAAACCCACUGCAGCUGGUGUGGUGAAUCGAAAUUCACAUGAC